AUGGAAGCGGCCAAGGCUCUGGCACAGGAGUUCAGAUCUGGAAGUAGUUCCAGGCGUGGCGGUGGGACUCGGGCCGGUUGCAGGGGAGCGAGCCGCGGCGUGGGUGCAGGGCAAAUCGCGGAAACCUCUCGAUCCCAGUAUUCUCGGGGCACGACGAGCCAGCCCACGCCAAAUGCCUCCUCCGCCCAAGCAUUUCCGAAGGUUGACCCUGCCCUUGCGAGCUGGCUUGGGGGCCACAAAGAAAACCAGACCAAACCUGCAGCCUUCAUGCAGGUCCAACCUCUUCCUAAGCCGACUAACAUCACUCACAAGCCUGUACCUGCUUCAGCCAAAAGCAACACUUCUCAAGGCCAGCCGAAUGUCUCGGUGGGCUCUAACUUGGACAAGAUCACUUCGACUUUGAAGCCCAGUGGCCUUGAGAAGAUUAGUUGGGACACGGCGGAGGCAGCCGGUGCCCGUACUCGGAAUGUAACCAAUGUUGCAGAGGCUGAGCUCGACGCUGGCUUGACCGCCAGAGCUUCUGCCCUGCUUCUCAAAGAUGGAAAGGAUACCAUCAACCGACCUGCUAUUAACCUCGAUGGGCAAAUCUCUCGUCUUCUUGAGAAGGGCCAGAGCAAUGGCGAGGUUGAGAAGACAGCGGAGACGGCCGACAGCAAUAUUUUGUUCUUGCAGCAGCCAAAGGCCGGCACGAUACUAUGGGCUCUUCAACAGCUUGAAGCCGGGUUGGAGCUUCCUGACCCACAGCAGUUGAGAGCUCGCGGAGCCGCAACCGAAGGUCGCCAUUCCCCGUCUGAGACUGCCAUGCCACGAGAUAAAUUCUUUGCCACGACGCAAAAGAAUGUCAACAGAGCUACGGACCAUCAGAUAGUCGACGAGUCCAAGGCCAAUGAGUCCAAGACGGAUGAUCUCAAUUGCCACUGCCCUAAAAGAAGCCACCCUGUUAUUGGCCUGGCAGCUUCGAAAUACAACACAGACGCAGACGGCGAUGUUGACAUCUCCGGCAUGACCACUGCGGCUCGUAACAAGUUUGCAGUUAACGUCGUUCUUCAAGACCACGCUAUGGCUGACUGCCCUGUUCUGCUGAGAACCAAGGCAAAGUACCCCUUGUAUUUUGGUGCGAACCCGGCCAUGGCGACGGACGAGAAUGACAGCCUUAGUGUCACCCGCUGGGAGGAUUCUCACCACACGACCCCUCUACCAGCUCAGCAGCAGCAGCCGCAGCCUCAGCCUCAACCUCAGCAGCAGCAGCCUAGUAGAGGCAGAGGUCUCAUGUCUUCUAUUUGGGCAUAA